ACCAAUUCAAAUCACAAUGAAGACCAAACUCUCUCUCUCUCUCUCUUAAAAUCUGUGGAGUAUAAUUCAGGGGAAAGCAGAGGAGGGGUGAAGAACAGAAAAAAAGAAUUGGGAUGGAGAAUAAAAGGGUGGUGGUGGUGGGAGGAGGAGUAGCUGGUUCCCUCGUUGCAAGAUCUCUCCAAUUCCGUGCUGCUCUCACCCUCAUCGAUUCGAAAGAUUAUUUCGAAAUACCAUGGGCAAGUUUGAGGGGAAUGGUGGAGCCAUCGUUUGCGGAGAGAUCGGUGAUUCGCCACCGCGAUUACCUCACCAACGGCCAUGUAAUUACGUCCCCCGCCAUCGACGUCACCCCUACGGAAGUCUUGACGGCGGAGGGGCGCUCCAUUCCCUACGAUUAUCUCGUCAUUGCCACCGGUCACCACGAUCCUGUUCCGACGACUAGAUUUGAGAGACUUCAACAAUACCAAGCAGAUAAUGAGAAAAUCAAAGGGGCUAAAUCCAUUCUGAUCGUCGGAGGCGGCCCCACCGGCGUCGAACUCGCCGGAGAAAUCGCGUUCGAUUAUCCCGAGAAGGAUGUUACUUUGGUGCACAAUGGGUACAGGCUGCUGGAAUUCAUCGGGCCAAAAGCUUCGAACAAGAGCCUCGAAUGGUUGAAAUCGAAGCACGUGGAUGUGAAGCUGGAGCAGAGUGUCGAUUUGGACUCGAAUUCAGGAGGAGCGUACGUGACUUCUUCCGGAGAAAUUAUCGAAGCGGAUUGCCACUUCUUGUGCACAGGGAAGCCGCUUGGUUCAGAAUGGCUCAAGGGGACAAUGUUGAAAGGUAGUUUGGAUGAGCUUGGAAGGCUGGUGGUUGAUGAGAAUCUGAGAGUCAAGGGGCACAGAAAUGUCUUUGCAAUUGGAGACAUCACUGAUAUAAAGGAAAUGAAGCAGGGGUAUUCGGCACAAAAGCAUGCUCUAGUGGCCGCGAAGAACUUGAGCAUCUUGCUCGCCGGAGGGAGACAAAGCAAGAUGGCAGCGUACGAGCCUCGUUCCUCCACAAAGGCUUUUGUUUCGCUGGGGAGGAGAGAGGCCGUGGCUCAGUUUCCGUUCACGACAGUCAUUGGAGUCGCACCUGGCUUGAUCAAAUCCAGGGACUUGUUUGUUGGAAAAACUAGGAAGCAUUUGGGUCUUGACCCUCACAUUGUUGAUGCUUAAUUAGUAGUAAUUCUUUUCAAAUGAUUUACAAUAUCUUUUCCUUAAUGAGAUUUUUGUUUUUCGUUGAAUAUAAUAUCGCACUUGCGAUAUGAACGGUUUAAGUCAUCUUUACAUGUCCUGAUUCCAUAA